UAUUAACGACACUAAAAUUACUCGAAUAUAUUUGAAGUUCAAGAACAUCUCGAACAAUCGAAAUGGCUCUUAACAAUUCGUUCACCGAGGAGCCAGUCACACUUUCAUUCUCCUCGGAAGAGGAUGAGGAGUCAUCGCGGACAAUUUGUAUAAUGCCCCCGCGGCCAGGCACGGCGCCCAAGACUUUCCACGAGCUGCAUAUACCGCGCGAACAAUUAACGCCCGUCCAUUAUCCCAUACAGGAGGCGCAGCGUUGGCUAACGUUGAUGGGCAAAAAUGGCAAAGUCUAUCGCUUUCCGUUGCCCACUAUUCUGCCCAAGGUUAUACAGACCCGUUUCGUGCCCAAGGGCGAGUUGCCCAAGGACGUGGCUGUGGAUCGCCGUCGAAGACAGUACAGCAGAAUCAAUUUGAUCGAGGAGCUGAAAAAAGCCGGACUUACCGAUGAUAUGCUGCAGCCCACCGAAGAGCAGUACGAUCUGAUGUCCGAAUUUGCCUUCCCGCACAAAUUUCCGCUGAGCUAUUUCGAUGACAGCAACUACGACAUUAGCUCCCCAGAAGCCUGGUUUGAGCUCGGCAUCGUCGGCGAAGACCAUUAUCCGCUUCCGGCACGUGCCUAUCUGCCCUAUAAUCGGAGUCUGCGGAGCUGCCACUGGGCCAUGGCAGCGGUCUCAUCGUACAACGAGAAAACUGACCUCUGGACGCUAACCUCAUUGGACGACGAAUGUAACUACGAGGUUCCCAAGUUGCAGUUCAUGUUCCUGGCCGAGGAUCCGCACAAGUACAUACAGCGUCUCAAGGCAGCCGUGCAUGAGCGUCACAAGGGCGAACAACUGAUGCUUAUGGAGCUGAUUGUCGACUGUGUGCUCCACGAUGACAUCGAGUCGACGACCUUCCAAAGCUUCAAACCCAUUGAGGCGCUGCUGCAGCAGUCCAACGUCUCGGAGCAGUGCAAAAGGCGUCUAAGGUCCGAGGUUAACAUCGUGUUUGAGCGUCUGAUGGCACUCUAUGAGCUGGAGCAGUUUAUUAUACACAUGCCCAAGGAGUUUCCGCAGUUCCGCAACAUAUCCUUAAAGGAGUUCAUGCCAGCUGCCGCACCCGUUGACUUUGCCGAACACGAGCGCCGCGAGCUUCAGGCUCUCGGCAUCAAUAUAAAGGAGAAACGGUAUCUCUGGCUGCGAGCCAGCCUUUUUUACUGCGCUGGCGGCAUUGACGCCAUGAUGGGCGUGGCCGUCGAGUGUCAGCACAUCGAAACGCUGACCAUAUUUGUAUGCAAUUUCAAUAAGCCAACAGCAUUGGUGGACUUCCUGCAGUCGCAGGAGGCGCACAGCGACACUGUCUCCACCUUUCUGAAGGUCUAUUGGCCGGAGCAGCUGACCACGGUGAUAACCAUUGUGUUACGCGCCUUGGGCAAGGGCUGGCUAGAUAUCUCGCUCAACAAUUGGACGGUCUACCAGAUGUGCAAGAUCUUCCCUUUCAUAUGGCAGGUCAAAUUUCGCAUGCAAGAGUCCAUGGAGGUGCUGCUGCUCUCGUCGCUGAUGAACUUCUCGAAACUGGUCUGUGAUCCCUGUUUGCAAUUUCUGCCACUCAAGCAUAAUUAUAAGUGGACCAGCGAUUUUAUCGAGACUGAGUUUCCCUUUCCAAAGCCCGUCUUUGCCCUGACCAUAGGUAUUAAUGAAGAACGGAAGGUCUUCUACUCAACGAAUCCGGAUGACUUUCAACCAUCUCUGAUGGAUAUUUACAAACGGGGCCUGGAGAAGACUUCGGGCGUCCGCACCAUUGAUGCGGAUGUGAUGAGCAAUUUAAAGUUCGCACAUAAUCUAUAUAUAUUGACCGUCGAACUGAUCGAGGACAGGUUCCUUGAGCAGAACGAACUGAUGCGUCGCUGCUAUGCUCAGGCGGUGCUUCCGCUGAAGGCCUAUGCGCGUCAUUACGAGAGAUUCAUCGACUUUUAUCUGCUGAAUGUAAACGACUUUAUGAAGGAUUAUGCGGCGGCCCAUAAACCCUCAUCUCAGGUCAAGUGGGAUAUACUGGAGCACAAGCGGCAAAAGGAAGAGAUUCGUCAAAUAUUGCCCGCCUACAUAACAAUCGGACCUUUCUACAUUAAUGUGGACACCAUAAAGCAGUUCAUGAUCAAGAAAUACAUUGAAAUAGUGCGCCGCAUCUUUGAGUACUACGUGGAUCGCAUGUAUGAGACGAACGAGCAGAUAGUGGAGCGCUGUAUGGAAGUAUUCAAUAAAAUUGCCGUGCGUCCUAUAAGUAUUGAGCAUCUGUUCGAGAUUCGGGAUUUUGCACUGACAGUGCCCGAUGUGGUCGACCAGCUGCGUGCCGAUAUACAGGUGAUGUGGCUGGAGUACGAUCUGCUGGAUAGUUUCUUCUACAAUCUGAGCGAUCAUCAGUUUGCCAUGAAAUGGAAUGCCUUUGCCUGGCCACAUCAGAUCCUGGUGAGGUUGUCGACACUGAAGGAGGAGCAGAAGCUGGACAUUGAAGAGUUUCUGCGCCAGCAUUCCAGCGAAUGCCAGAACUUUGAAGAGCGUCUCGAAUCGCUCAACGAUGAGGUUCAGGCUUUCUCUUUGGCCUUCAAUCCUAAUCGGGCCCAGGAGACUUCUGUUGAUAUAAAACUAACUUGGGCGCUGAUAAGGGAAUUGGAGAAGGUCGGACAAACGCUGCAGUAUCGACAGGAACUCUUCGAAUUGGAGCCACUUUCCACGGAAUUUCUGACCAGCAUCAUCAAGAGCUUUGAGCCAUAUAAACAGCUAUGGUAUGCGUGCGCCAACUUUCAGAAACUGGAGGACGCCACUCUGGGUAAUCCAAUUGCACUGCUCGAUCUUGAUGAAGUUUGGACCAAUCUAAUGAAUCUGCGCAAUGAGCUGGUUGAAUCGCUGGACAACUUCAGCGAGAAGCCAGAGAUUAUGGAUGUGGCCCAUGUAUUUAUUGGCAAAAUCGAUGAAUUCAUUCCCGUAUACAAUAGCGUCAAGGACUUGCGUAACGAAAACUGGAUGUAUUUGCAUUGGAUGGAUCUCAGUCGUGUUAUUGGCAACGAAAUAAAGUAUACCGCUUCGAUGAACUAUCAAUAUCUCAUUCGAAAAGGCAUCUUGGACUUUCUGCCGGACGUGCAUGCGAUCUCUGUUAAGGCCACCAACGAGGCUGAGGAAAUUCAACGCGCCAUCGAGGAGGAGGAGCGACGCAAACAGGCCGAGUUGGAUGCCUUGCUGUUGCGAAAACAGUUGCGCAAGUGCCGCAGGGAUAUUGUUUAGAAGAUUGGCCCCUCAAAACUAAUGACCAUUCCAUACACAUUGCAAAGUUCGAUGUGCGUUUUUGGUUUAUGCUUCAAUAAAUC